CGCACGCAGGCCCCACGCAGGGCACGCACUGCCGGCAGGGCCGACGUUCCGGGCCGUCGGUCUCCCCGCCCCGAUGGCGCAGUGUCGCGAGAGUUUGGAGUAAACAGCCCCCGAAUGGAGAUCCGAGGCGUGUUCGCCGAGGAAGCGCCGUUAUCCCGGGCCCGCCGGACCCGAGCCUGAGACAGCCGCAGAUUGGCUCACGGAGUGUCUGCUCAUCCCCCUUGGACUUUGGUUGUGUGGUGCCAAUGGAGUGUAGGACUCAGUUUUCUGGGCUAGAGUGACAGAAGCCUAAUGUCCAAGAUGGAGAAGAAACGAAGAAAGAAAUGAAAGCCUCUUUUCAGGCCACAUCACGAGAGGCCAUGAAAUUUAACUUUUAUUUACAUUGGACAAGACUGUAAAAUGGCUGAUCAGUAAUGUUUCAGCUUUUAGCUGAAACAAAAAUUAACUUAUAAUCAAGGAAGAAAAAAGUGUGAUUUGAAUUUAUGCAAUUUUAUGACCACAUUCACUUAGGACCAUGAAGCUUGUCAACAUCUGGCUCCUUCUGCUAGUGGUUUUGCUCUGUGGGAAGAAACAUCUGGGUGAUAGACUGGAAAAGAGAUCUUUUGAAAAGGCCCCGUGCCCUGGCUGUUCCCACCUGGCUUUGAAGGUGGAAUUCUCCUCAACAGUUGUGGAAUAUGAAUAUAUUGUGGCUUUCAAUGGAUACUUUACAGCCAAAGCUAGAAAUUCAUUUAUUUCAAGUGCCCUGAAGAGCAGUGAAAUAGACAAUUGGAGAAUUAUUCCUCGAAAUAAUCCAUCCAGUGACUACCCUAGUGAUUUUGAGGUGAUUCAGAUAAAAGAAAAACAGAAGGCGGGGCUGUUAACACUUGAAGAUCAUCCAAACAUCAAACGGGUGACACCCCAACGGAAGGUCCUUCGUUCCCUCAAGUACGCCGAGUCUGACCCCGUAGUGCCCUGUAAUGAAACCCGAUGGAGUCAGAAGUGGCAGUCGUCCCGUCCCCUGCGAAGAGCCAGCCUCUCCCUAGGCUCUGGGUUCUGGCACGCUACGGGAAGACAUUCGAGUCGACGGUUGCUGAGAGCCAUCCCACGCCAGGUUGCCCAGACCCUGCAGGCGGAUGUGCUUUGGCAGAUGGGAUAUACAGGUGCUAACGUAAGGGUUGCUGUUUUUGACACUGGGCUGAGUGAGAAGCAUCCCCACUUCAAAAAUGUGAAGGAGAGAACCAACUGGACCAAUGAGCGAACGCUGGAUGACGGGCUGGGCCACGGCACAUUUGUGGCAGGGGUGAUAGCCAGCAUGAGGGAAUGCCAAGGAUUUGCUCCAGAUGCUGAACUUCAUAUUUUCAGAGUCUUUACCAACAACCAGGUGUCCUACACAUCCUGGUUCCUGGACGCCUUCAACUAUGCCAUCUUAAAGAGGAUCGAUGUGCUCAACCUCAGCAUCGGUGGCCCCGACUUCAUGGACCAUCCCUUUGUCGACAAGGUGUGGGAAUUAACGGCUAACAACGUGAUCAUGGUUUCUGCUAUUGGCAAUGAUGGGCCUCUUUAUGGCACUCUGAAUAACCCUGCUGAUCAAAUGGACGUGAUUGGAGUAGGCGGCAUUGACUUUGAGGAUAACAUCGCCCGCUUCUCUUCAAGGGGAAUGACUACCUGGGAGCUACCGGGAGGCUAUGGCCGAAUGAAACCUGAUAUUGUCACCUAUGGUGCUGGAGUGAGGGGCUCCGGUAUGAAAGGGGGAUGCCGGGCCCUCUCGGGGACCAGUGUGGCUUCUCCAGUGGUCGCCGGCGCUGUCACCUUGCUAGUAAGCACCGUCCAGAAACGUGAAUUGGUGAAUCCGGCCAGCAUGAAGCAGGCCCUGAUUGCGUCAGCCCGGAGGCUGCCUGGUGUCAAUAUGUUUGAGCAAGGCCAUGGCAAGCUGGACCUGCUCAGAGCCUAUCAGAUCCUCAACAGUUACAAACCACAGGCAAGUUUGAGCCCCAGCUACAUAGAUCUGACUGAGUGUCCCUACAUGUGGCCCUACUGCUCCCAGCCCAUCUAUUAUGGAGGAAUGCCGACCAUCGUCAAUGUCACCAUCCUCAACGGCAUGGGCGUCACAGGACGAAUUGUAGACAAGCCUGACUGGCAGCCCUACUUACCGCAAAAUGGAGACAACAUCGAAGUGGCUUUCUCUUACUCCUCCGUGUUGUGGCCUUGGUCAGGCUACCUGGCCAUCUCCAUUUCUGUCACCAAGAAAGCGGCUUCCUGGGAAGGCAUUGCGCAGGGGCACGUCAUGAUCACCGUAGCUUCCCCAGCAGAGGUGGAGUCAAAAAAUGGUGCAGAACAGACUUCCACAGUGAAGCUCCCAAUAAAGGUGAAGAUAAUUCCUGCUCCUCCUCGAAGCAAGAGAAUUCUUUGGGACCAGUACCACAACCUCCGCUAUCCACCCGGCUACUUCCCCAGGGAUAAUCUGAGGAUGAAGAAUGACCCCUUAGACUGGAACGGUGACCACAUCCACACGAACUUCAGGGACAUGUACCAACACUUGAGAAGCAUGGGCUACUUUGUCGAAGUCCUCGGCUCCCCCUUCACAUGCUUUGAUGCUAAUCAGUAUGGAACUUUGCUCAUGGUGGACAGUGAGGAGGAGUACUUCCCCGAGGAGGUCGCCAAACUGCGGCGGGAUGUGGACAAUGGCCUUUCACUCAUCGUCUUCAGUGAUUGGUACAACACGUCUGUUAUGAGAAAAGUCAAAUUUUACGAUGAAAACACGAGGCAGUGGUGGAUGCCAGACACCGGGGGGGCCAACAUCCCAGCUCUGAAUGAACUUCUCUCUGUCUGGAACAUGGCGUUCAGCGAUGGCCUAUACGAAGGGGAUUUUACCUUGGCAAGCCAUGACAUGUAUUAUGCGUCAGGGUGCAGCAUUGCUAAAUUUCCAGAAGAUGGCAUAGUGAUAACACAGACUUUUAAAGACCAAGGAUUGGAGGUUUUAAAGCAAGAAACAGCAGUUGUUGAGAAUGUCCCCAUUUUGGGACUUUAUCAGAUUCCAGCUGAGGGCGGAGGCCGCAUUGUGUUGUACGGAGACUCGAAUUGCUUGGAUGACAGUCACCGACAGAAGGACUGCUUUUGGCUCCUGGAUGCGCUCCUUCAGUACACAUCAUACGGGGUGACCCCUCCCAGCCUCAGUCAUUCCGGGCACCGGCAGCGCCCUCCCAGCGGGGCAGGCUUGGCCACUCCAGAGAGGAUGGAAGGGAACCACCUGCACCGCUAUUCCAAGGUCCUGGAGGCCCGUUUGGGAGGCCCGGAGCCUCGGGCUCUGCCGGCCUGUCCGCACUUGUCGUGGGCCAAGCCACAGCCUUUAAAUGAGACGGCUCCCAGUAAUCUUUGGAAACAUCAGAAGUUACUCUCCAUCGACCUGGACAAAGUGGUGUUACCCAACUUUCGAUCGAAUCGCCCUCAAGUGAGACCUUUGUCUCCGGGAGAAAGUGGUGCCUGGGACAUCCCUGGAGGGAUCAUGCCUGGCCGCUACAACCAGGAGGUGGGCCAGACCAUUCCCGUCUUUGCCUUCCUGGGAGCCAUGGUGGUCCUGGCCUUCUUUGUGGUACAAAUCAACAAGGCCAAAAGCAGGCCGAAGCGGAGGAAACCCAGGGUGAAGCGCCCACAGCUCAUGCAGCAAGUUCACCCACCAAAGACCCCUUCUGUGUGACAUCAGACCACUGACCGUGAGAGCCAGAGGGAGCCUCAUCCUGACAGCCUUGCUGGGCAGGCAGAGCCGCGAUGUUUCCAGAGGGGCCGCCCGCUUCAAGGGCCUGAGUCUUCAGUGGCGGGGCUCUGGGAGUCCGUUCUAAAUGGACCUCCCCCUGUGAUGCAUAGAGGCCCGCGUACAUCUUGAAGUGUCCUGUAGCCCGGGUCCUGCAGGAGGGGCUCCACAGAUCAGCCUCAGGUGGGACCGCACCCAGCCGCUGCAUGCACCAAAGACUCGGAAAACAGUAAAAGGCUGUCUGGGGUCCCUGACCCAAGAGGGAGGAUGUACUUUUUAACAGCCCAACUGACCAAGCAAAGAUAUGCUCAUUAAGGCUAUUUUCUAUAUUUAUUGUUGGGGAAAAGUCACUUUAAAGACUUGUGCUAUUUGAAGCAAAGCUAUUUUUUUUGUCAAUGGAAUGCAGUUUUUUACUAUUCCAUCAUGAGGAAUAACACAGAUUCCGUGAUCUCCUUUUUAAUGAAAGGACAAACUGAGAUUUGAAGGCAAAUUGCACAGAUCUGUGAAGCAUAGACCUUCGCUUUAUUUUUAUAAGUCUCAACUGCCAUCAUGUUUUAUAAUAAUGGGGUCUUGAUUUCACCAUUGUCGGUGAAGAAAAUUUUCAAUAAAUAUGCAUUACCUGUAUGAAGCUAAAAAGAA